AUGUACAGGAUCUCUGCAGAUAUUUCCAUGACAAGUGGGACUCUAGCACAUUCUACUGCACAUCAUGAUAUCCAAGAAUACAAGCCUGGUGCAUAUGUGGCAGCCAUCUAUGACCAGGUCUGGUAUAUAGGAAGUGUGCUAGAGGUAGACAAAGACAAGGAUGAUCUACUCAUCACUUUCAUGAGGCAAACACAGAAUCCUUGCAUGUACAAAUGGCCCAGGCAGAAGGACGAGUGCUGGGUUCCUGUGGGCCAUGUGCUGUGCUUGCUGCUACUUCCCAGUACGACUACAGGCAGACAGUACAAGUUCCACCAGAUGGACAUUGAUAAAAUCAGAGACAGUUUUAAGUUGUUCACAAUUCUUAUGCUUCUGAACAUCACUUUUUCUGGUUCCACUUGUCAGAUGCCAGGGUGCCUGUGCACUUCAGAUAUUGCAGACUGUAAUUGUGGGUAUGGAGGCUGUCCCUCUGUAUUACCUCCCACCACUUCCAUCCUGGACCUCAGCCAUAAUUAGCUCACAUGGCUGGCACCAGGCACCUUCCAUGGACUGGCCAGGCUGAAUAUUCUGUGCAUGCCUCAUAACCAAAUCUCUAUGCCCAGCCCCACAGCCUUCCACAACCUCAACCUCUUGUCCAACACACUGCAGAUGGUGGGGAAACACCCUUUCCAAGACAUGCUGGGUUUGGAAAUACUACUACUCCAUUGUUCUCCCCAGAGCACUUUUGCACGUCCACAGCAUUUGCAAAUGGAGCCUUUCAGUACAGGAUACACCACCGUGCUGAGUUGCACCAUCAUUGGCUUUUGCAUACUCAUCUCUUUAACUCCUUGUUGCUGUGGCUGCUGCAGAGCUCCGCCAACCUCCCCAACAGUCUCUAGUCUCUGGCAUUCAUAUUUGGAGUUUCACCAACUGCAAGCCUGA